AUGGGUCAUGGUGUUGGCGGCCUAGGACGCAAACACGGCUCGAUCCUCAACACUGCGGCGCUGUGUAAACCGUCAGAGGGCCUCACGCGCCGGCGGAUGUUACGAUUGGGCUGUACAAGGGGGCGGGCACGGGACGCACACGGCUUGAUUCUCAAUACGGCGGUAUUGAAUAAACCGUCAGAGGCAGAGGCGUCAGAGAGCCUCACGCGCCGGCAGAUGUUAUCAUUGGGCUCUAGAAGGGGCAGAGUUGGUGGCCUAGGAUGCGUACACGGCUCAAUCCUCGACACGGCGGCACCAUGCAAACCGUCAGACAGACGCACUGGAAUUUGCGUUUCUGAUAGUUGGGUUGCGAAAGGGGUGUUGGGUCCCGCCGCUACAAGACGUUACGGCCGGGCUGUAGAAGUGGCGGGCUUGGACAUUCAGUGGUCUAGGACGCACACGGCGAUGGGGUGGGUACAGGAGAGUUGGUGGCCUACUAGCAUGCGUACACGGCUGUAG